CAACACAUCUGUUGAUUCUUCCACCCGACCAAAAUUCGAAGCCGUGAAGCGCAUAUUCUCUUUCCUUGAAAUGGGCAUGCAUAUCCAUAUCCUUAGAGCCUCACCAAUUUCUUCUCCCUCCAAAACCAUUAUCGUCGACCCCAUUACCAAACCCUUACCCACUCUCUCUAAGCUUCUCUUUCCUCCAAAUUCUGUUCCCACCACUUUCUUCAGGACCCAUUUCAGACCAAAACCGUUCACCGGCUCCAUUCCCACAGUUGGGUUCGGUGGGUUUUUUCACCAGAGUAAGCGCGCGUUUCGAGGCGGGACUGUCGUAGCCAUGGCCGCACCUGGGUUGGUCCAGAAGUCCGAGGACGAGUGGCGGGCCAUCCUCUCGCCUGAGCAGUUUCAUAUUCUGAGGGAAAAGGGAACUGAAUACCCCAGCACAGGUAAAUAUGACAAGUUCUAUGAGGACGGAGUCUACAACUGUGCAGGAUGUGGUACUCCUCUUUACAAGUCUACAACCAAAUUCAAUUCUGGCUGUGGCUGGCCAGCUUUCUUUGAGGGUCUUCCUGGCGCCAUAAAUCGCACCCCGGACCCGGAUGGAAGGAGGACGGAGAUAACUUGUGCAGCCUGUGGUGGUCAUCUGGGCCAUGUAUUUAAAGGGGAAGGUUUUCCAACUCCCACCAAUGAACGCCAUUGUGUCAAUAGCAUUUCUCUCACUUUUGCUCCGGCGAAUUCAAACGCUUCCUCUUGAGGCCUUUAUGUAACAUUAAAUUUGUUCAAGAUUUCAGAUUGUCUCAGAUUUGAUGGCCAUGUGAUGUUGUCCAAAUAAACUGAUGCUGCAACUUCUGGAAUAAAUGCUACCAUAGCUUUUCUGUAAAUGUUCUGCUUUUGUUUGCCGCAACUUCUGUAUUUUUUUUUAAUUUUAUUUUUUGAACUUGGGUUUUGAAUUCUACAGCUUGUGGUUGAGCCACUAUAUAGUAAUUUGAUGUAA